ACUCCAGAGUGAAAUAUCCUCAGGUGACAAGAAAAACCAUCGGCAGUAUGGCUCACCCCAAGAUCUUCAUUCUCAUCGUCCUCUUGGUCGUCGUCGGCGUGACCCUAGCCCGUCCUGGACAUCUCGGUGGAUUCUAUGGUGGUUAUGGACAUGGACUCGGUUACUACGGCUACAGAUACCCAUUCUACGGAUAUGGACAUGGAUAUGGGCAUGGCUAUGGUUACGGAUACGGCUACCCAUAUUUCGGCCACGGAUACGGACACUACGGUUACUAUCUCUAGCCGCUCUAGGUUGAGGUAAAUUAACCCUUUGGAAGUGGAGACUAUCCUGACGAGACUCGACGAAAACUCGACAAAACGCCCACAGAUUUCCGAUUUAAACUUCUGCUUGUAUUGAUACUUUUCCAUUUUUUUAACGCUGAAAACUGAAAUAAAUGCAAAUUUUUACGACGAA